AUGGAAGAAUGUGCGGAAGAGUUAGGAAGUGCCUCCCUAGGAUCUCCAAUCCGAGUGAUCAAGACCAUCCGCACCCCUAUGAGAUUUGUUACAGAGUUGUUAAAAAAAGAUCCUUCUGUGAAGGUCAUCCAUUUACUGCGAGACCCUCGCGGUCUAAUCAAUUCCUGGAUAACAUACGAUUAUAAACCAAAGAAAGAUAUUCUUCCUCAGUAUGUGUGUAACUUAAUAGGAGACGAUUUGAAGACAAGAUACGAAUUGGAGAAACAAUACCCGGGAACUUUCCUUGAAGUGAUCUAUGAGGAUCUGGCACAACACCCUAUGGAGAUGCUGCAUAAGAUAUACGGCUGGUUGGGAGUGCCCGUUGACCCCAAGGUCACUGAUUGGCUUAACAAGAGUACACACAGUGAUAAAGACGGAAAAUUUUUGGAUACAUAUAAAAAAAAUUCCACGGCGGCUGCAUAUUCUUGGAUAAAGAAGAUUUCAGUGGAACGGUUAAACUUGAUUAACAAGUUUUGCGGUGAUCUUAUCUCACAUGGUAAUUUCCCCACGAUAUCUUCAGAAGCAGAGUUGGAUGAGUUUACCGUGCCCGACAGAACCCUCUGA